AUGGAUAAAUCAUGGAUGCAUGCUGAUAGAAGAUCAUUGAAGUUUAAGAUAGGACUUGAAGACUUUCUGAAGUUCGCUUUGGCAAAUGCAAGCGACAUAGAUAAAAUAUGUUGUCCUUGUUUGAAGUGUUGUAACAAUGAUGAAUUUUCUAUUGGAGUGAUCAAGGACCAUAUAUACUUUAAUGGUAUUGAUGUUAGAUAUAAGCAAUGGAAAUGGCAUGGAGAACCUUCUGCCAUGAAUGCGGAUAUAUUAGGUGAAUCAGAAACAGUAGAUAUGGGUGCUGAUUUUGGGAUAGGGGAUGAAGAUGAUGAGAUUUCGAGUGACUCAAAUGAGUUUAUUAGGUUUGUAGAGGAUGGAGAUAAGCCUUUGUAUCCGGGUUGUACUAAGACUACAAAGUUAAACGGUUUGAUACAAACCUUUAAUUUGAAGGCAAAACACGGAAUGACGGACUCUUGUUAUUCUGACAUGCUAAUAAUGAUUGGCAUGUUGCUGCCUGAAGGGAAUGAGGUACCUGGGUCUAUAUAUGAGGCUAAGAAAACACUUUCUACAUUGGGCAUGGCCUAUGAAAGGAUUCAUGCUUGUCCAAAUGACUGCAUCCUUUAUAGAGGGCAGCAUGCAGAAGCAACAAGUUGUCUAACCUGUGGUGAAUCACGUUGGAAAUUGGGCAGAGACAAUACUAAUAAGGAAGGGGUGCCUGGGAAGGUCUUGUGGUACUUCCCACCAAUCCCGAGAUUCAAACGGAUGUUCUUAUCGACCAAGACAGCUAAGGAUUUGACUUGGCAUGCCAAUGAUAGGAAAACAGAUGGAAUGAUGAGGCAUCCAGUAGAUUCCCUGACUUGGAAGUUAGUUGACACAAAGUGGCCAGAAUUUGGUAGUGAACCGAGGAACCUUAGGCUAGCCCUUUCCUCAGAUGGGUUUAAUCCCCACAGUUCAUUAAGUAGCCGGUACUCUUGCUGGCCUGUUAUUCUUGUUACGUAUAACCUUCCUCCUUGGCUAUGCAUGAAGAGGAAGCACAUGAUGUUAACAUUGUUAAUAUCUGGACCCAAACAGCCGGGAAAUGAUAUUGACGUUUAUUUGCAGCAUUUGAUAGAUGAUUUGAAACAACUGUGGGAUGGGGUUGAAGUGUAUGAUGCCCUUAGAGGAGAGUCCUUUAAACUGAAGGCAGUCCUAUUUUGGACUAUUAAUGACUUUCCCGCAUAUGGGAACCUCUCGGGCAGCAUUACCAAAGGAUACAAUGCUUGUCCAGUUUGUGUUGAUGAAACCCGACCAUACAGGUUGAAGCAUAGUAACAAAAUGGCAUUCAUGAGACAUCGCAGAUUUUUGCCAAGACAUCAUCCAUAUCGAAGGCAAGCUGCAGCUUUUGACAAUACCAUAGAGGAAGAUGUCGCUCCUUCACCAUUAAGUGGAGAGGAGAUGUUGUCAAGAGUUGAAGUGAGACACAUUCUCGAUGUGAUGCACAUUGAGAAGAAUUGCUGCGAUGCUAUUCUUGGUACCCUAUUGAACAUUCCCGGGAAGACCAAGGAUGGAGCUGCUUCUCGUUUGGACAUGGUUGAUAUGGGCAUCAGAACUGAUUUGAAGCCUACACCUAGUCCGAAAAGGGCCAAGUUGCCUUUGGCGAGUUGGAACUUGCUGCUAGAUGAGAAGAAAAUAUUAUGCUCUUCCUUUUUCAACAUGACGGUUCCUGUGCGCUUCUGCUCAAACAUAAGGAAUCUGGUUUCAAUAGAAGAUUUGAGACUCGUUGGUCUUAAAUCACAUGAUUGCCACACGAUUAUGCAGAUUCUUCUCCCUGUGGCAUUACGAUCAGUUUUAGAAAAGCCGGUUAGGUAUGCUAUUAUUCGGUUCUGCCUAUUCUUCAAGGCAAUUUGUAGUAAGGUGAUAGAUGUUUCAAAACUUCAACAGAUGCAAGCUGACCUUAUUGAUACAGUUUGCUUGCUUGAAAAGUUCUUCCCACCUUCGUUUUUCGAUGUAAUGAUUCAUUUAACAGUCCAUCUUGUUAGAGAAGUAGAGUUAUGUGGUCCGGUGUUUCUUCGAUGGAUGUACCCGUUUGAGAGGUACAUGAAAGUGUUCAAAGGGUAUGUGAGAAGUCGUCAUUUUCCUGAGGGGUGUAUUGCUGAGAAUUACAUUGUUGAAGAGGCUAUAGAGUUUUGCUCAGAACGUAUGCUUCCUGAAGAUGAUACCACUGUGGGAAUUCCAUCAAGAAGCUUAUCUGGACUGUGUAAUGGAUCCAAGCCUUUAUCAGGUGCAACCAUGGUGACCGUUUCUGCAAAGGAGUUACGACUUGCACACUUGUGUGUAUUGCGGAACACUGAAGAUGCUAUGCCAUACUUCAAGGAGCAUAUGGAAUUGUUGGAGUUAACUUUCCCUAAGUUCAAGAAAAACGAGAGGUGGUUGAGGGAAAAACAGAAUGCGACAUUUGGAGAUUGGUUAAGGGAAAGGGUUGCAAAUGCAAUGCGUGUUCCCGACAAUGAUGUUUCAGAAACAAUGAGGUGGAUGGCUGGCGGCCCAAGGCGUGAAGUGCCAACCUUUAGUGGAUACCAUGUCAGUGGAGUUGAUUUCAACACCAAAGCCCGGGACAAUGUCAAAUCUGUUCAGAACAGUGGUGUUUUUUUACUUGCCGAUGCAAUGCAAGUUGCAAGUGCAAAGAAUCGAAAGCCCAGAACUGAUGAUAUGGACUUCUACGGUGUAAUUAAAACAAUAUGGGAGGUUGACUAUUACAAAUUUAGGGUACCAUUGUUUAAAUGCAAUUGGGUAGAGAGUUCUAGGGGCGUCAAAGUAGACGAUCUUGGGUUUACUUUGGAGAAACUGAAUAGGAUAGGGCAUUUAAAUGAUCCGUUUGUCUUAGCUACGCAUGUGAAACAAAUUUUUUAUAUUGAAGACCCCCUCAAUGCUGAAUGGUCAGUAGUGGUGAGGUGCCCGGAUAAAGACUACGAAGGGGCUAAUGAUGAGUGCAAAGACCCUGAAGUGGAGCAGCUACCAUUUAUUCCGACAAUGCCAUCAGUUGAAACCUUUGAUGAUGUAGUUGGGCAUGAACCUAGCAUUCACAUGCGAGAUGGUGAUGAAGGAAUAUGGGUUGACAAUUAA